AUGGCAUUUGCUCUUAAGUAUUUUCUUAUGUUUCUACUUCUAUCUAUGGUUACUCAAGGACAAUGCCGCUGCUCUGUCAGUGACCUCCAGAUCGGUGCGGUGAGGACGGGAAGACAAAUUGCCGGACAACCGGAGUGGAAAGUGACGGUGGUCAACACGUGUAACUGUCCUCAGAAGCAGGUGAUUCUCUCAUGCGGAGGGUUUGCUCCUGUGAAUCCUGUCAAGCCAUGGCUACUUCGCCCACAAGGAAACACGUGUCUUCUGAUUAAUGGAGUAGUUUUGCCAGCUGGAGCCAAAACUGAGUUCGGUUAUGCCGGCAAGCCUUAUAUCUUCAGACCCUUCAGCUCCAGGGUCAAAAGAAGUUGCAUGAAUUAA